GGCGCAAAUAGUCGCGCGUUUUAGUUCCACAUCAAAAGUGCUAUUUACACUAUUCAAACGUACUAGUCUAUUAUUCGAUGGCGCCCACACCCAUCCCCGUCCCCGCCGCCCGCCCGGCCGCCAGCCACCUCUCCAAGUCGCCGCCGACGACCAACGAGUACACCUCCACCGCGCCCAUCCCCGCCCUCCCGCCGCAGCACACGGACGAGGGCGUCCCCUCCCACCUCUACCAAGGCCUGCCCGCCCAUCUCCUGAUCGACGAUGCCCAGGGACAAAAGGUCCCCGACUAUCUCAGGAUGAUCCUGAUGUCCAAGGUCUACGCCGCGCCCCUCAACCUCAAGGAAACCCCUCUCACAUAUGCAGCCAACCUCUCCGCCCGGCUCGGCAACGAGAUCUGGAUCAAGCGGGAGGACCUCCAGCCCGUGUUCUCAUUCAAGAUCCGCGGCGCCUACAACAUGAUGGCCAGUCUGUCCGACGAAGAAAAGAAAAAGGGCGUCAUCACGUGCUCCGCCGGCAACCACGCCCAGGGCGUCGCCCUCUCCGGCCACGCACUCAACAUCCCCGCCAUCGUCGUCAUGCCCGUCUCCACCCCGUCCAUCAAGUGGCGCAACGUCCAGCGUCUCGGCGCCACCGUCCUCCUCCACGGCCGCGACUUUGACGAGGCCAAGGCCGAGUGUCUCCGCCUCGAAAAGGAAAAGGGCCUGACCUUUGUGCCCCCGUACGAUAACCCCUACGUCGUCGCCGGCCAGGGAACUGUCGCCAUGGAAAUCUGCCGCCAAGUCACAGAUGCCGACCAGAUCGAUGGCAUAUUCGCUUCCGUCGGCGGAGGCGGCCUUGCGGCCGGUAUCGCGGCGUACAUGAAGCGAGUCGCCAAGCCCAGUGUCGGAAUCUACGGUGUCGAGACCGUUGACGGUGAUGCCAUGGACCGCUCACUCAAGGCCGGCAAGAGGGUCCUCCUCGAUGAAGUCGGCCCGUUUGCAGACGGUACCGCGGUAAGGCUUGUCGGCGAAGAACCUUUUCGCGUAUGCAAAAACUUUUUGGACGACGUCGUGCUUGUCAACAAUGACGAGAUUUGCGCCGCCAUCAAGGAUGUCUUUGAAGAAACCCGAUCUGUCCCCGAACCGUCCGGUGCCCUCGCACUCGCAGGCCUGAAAGCCCACAUUAUCCGAAACAACCUCCAAGGCGCCGGUAAACGCUUUGUCGCCGUCAUCUCCGGCGGUAACAUGAACUUUGGCCGACUCCGAUUCGUCGCUGAGCGAGCGGAUGUCGGCGAACGACGAGAAGUGCUGAUGAGUGUCCGAGUGCCCGAAAAGCCUGGCAGCUUUUUGAAAUUCCACUCCCUCCUCGGUUCACGCGCAGUCACCGAGUUCUCCUACCGCCACUCCAACAAUUCCACCGGCUACAUCAUCUGCUCCUUCCUCCUCUCCUCCUCAUCCUCUUCGUCCUCCGGGCCCUCACCCGAAGCGCGCGCAAACGAGAUUCACGAGAUGGUCGAAUCGUUUAAACAGCAUGGGAUCGAAGCCGUCGAUUUGAGCGAGGAUGAGUUUGCAAAGAGUCAUGUGAGGCAUCUGGUCGGUGGACGCAGUGCCGUGGAGCACGAAAGGAUCUUUAGGUUUGAGUUCCCGGAAAGACCUGGGGCACUUGGAAACUUUUUAAAAGGUAUGAAGGUCGAAUGGAAUAUCUCCAUGUUCCAUUACAGAAACCACGGUGCCGACGUCGGCAAAGUCCUCAUCGGCGUCCAAGUCCCGUCCCAGGACAACCCCGCAUUUGACGAGUUUUUGGAAAAGCUGGGAUAUCCAUAUGUCGAAGAGACCCAUAAUGAGGUUUACACCAUGUUCCUCAGGUCGUAAAAAAAAAGACUGUUCUGGUGAACAGAGAUAUAUAGAGUCGGAAAACACGCGCCAUUCAUGCAUUUUCAUCAUCAUGGGCUGUGAAAAAUCUUGGA